GUCAGACUGUUGCUGCGCAUGAGACUAGGAAUUGAAAGCGAGGAAGACUGUGAGGCGCUCGUGCUACAUGAUACUGUAAGAGAAAGUAGGAAAGAACUAUUACAAUUCAUGCUUGAUGCAGGCGCAGACAUCAAUGCCCAAGGUGGACCCUAUGGGAAUGCACUUCAAGCUGCUACUCAUACUAGUAAAGUAGAAAUAGUGAAGGUACUGCUUGAUGCAGGCGCAGACGUCAAUGCCCAGGGUGGGCACUAUGGGAAUGCCCUUCAAGCUGCUAGACACCGUCGAACGAGUAUGUAUCGAGAUGAUGAAAUGGGGAUAAUAGUGAAGAUGCUACUCAACGCAGGCGCAGAGGACACCGACCAAGAUGGAGAACAGGGU